AUGGCACUGACCGGUAUCGAGGUAGGGGAUAUCACUCCCGUUUUGGGAUUGAGGGGUGCUGUUGUUGACGAAGGAACGGGCGUCAACCAAGUGGGACUCCGUGUCACUGUCAAGAACCUUUCAACCCGCAGAGCAGUUGCCGCUGUUACAGGGCCCGAUGAGGCAGGUUAUCGGCUCACCGUCGUUGACAUAGAAACGGGACGGGCAGCACAGAUUGGAGAUAUUCUUGAAAUCUCCGCGCAGUCUCCCAAUCCGUUUAUCGGUGUGAAGCCGUUGCGGUAUACUGUCACGCUGAAGAUGUGA